AUGAUGCUUCAACUUGCAUUUGCUACUGCAACGGGAUGUUCGAAGUGCAAAGCUGAUCAAACAACAUGUCUUUCAUGCACAUCUGGUUAUUAUUUUAAAAGUGGUUUUUGCACAAGAUGUGCAACUGGCUGUUUAUCUUGCAGCGAUGCUAACACUUGUACUGGUUGUAAUAAUGGGUAUUAUCUAAAGGGCAACACAUGCACGAAAUGUGGAUCUAAUUGUGUUUCAUGUGAUGCCAAAGGUUGUUCAAAAUGUGACCCAAAUUUUGUUGGAUAUAUUUCUUCUGAAGGUGUGUGUACUGCUUGUAACUCUGCGUAUAAUUGUGCCACGUGUAUCAAAGACACAACAGAUACCAAUGGUGUCAAAUGUUUAACAUGUAAUAAACAAACUAAGAACAAAUACAUGAAUGGUAAUAAAUGUGUUGAUUGUGCAACUGGAAAAAUAACAACAGAUAAAAAGUGUGAUUCUUCAGCAAAUGCGUGUGGAAAUGGAUGUGCUGCAUGCGAAGAAGUUGCUGUAAGUACAACAACAAAAUGCACCAAAUGUACAAAAACAACUGAUUACGUUAAUCUUGAUGGAACAUGUGCUGCAACUUGCAAAACUGGUAAAGCUGAUAAAAAAUCAUUGAGGUGUGAAGAAUGCACUAUUGCUGACUGCGAAACUUGUGAAACAGUUGGAAAAGGUGAACAAUGCACUAAAUGUAAAAAUAAAUACAUUGCUGCAGAUAAAUUUACAUGUGGUGAUACAUGCACCACUGGUAAACCAGUUGAAACUCCAGUCAAAAAGUGUGAUACGUGUGCUACUGCCAAUUGCGAUGUUUGUGACAAAGACAACAAGUGCAGUAAAUGCAAGACCAAUUUCUAUCUUAUGGCUGACACUUUGAAGUGUAUUGAUAAGUGUCCAGAAGGAUAUAAAACAGAUAAAAUCAAUGAAAAAUGCAUUAAAUGUAUUAUUGAGGGCUGCGCAACUUGUGAAAAGGUAAAUGAAUGCACUGCAUGUAUGGCUGAAUACAAAUUGGAAGGAGGAAGAUGCAAUGGAGCUGAUACCGUUUUCGCAAUUUUAGCAUUAAUCCUUAUGGCUUUCUUCCUCUAA